AAUCUCUGGAGCCCGAAUUAGAUCCAGACAGUGCCGCACAGACCCAAGCAUUUUCUUUGCUGUUCGCCCAUUGUGUCCUCCCCUCACAAUGGCGGCCCUAGCGCAUCGAAGAAGGACAAGGCCAAGGAGCACGCACUAGCUUCGGCGCCUGUGAGGACUCGGUCCAAUACUCAUUCGACGAUCGGCAGGCUACGUCGUCGGCGAGUCAGCAAGGCCAGGCAACGUGCGCUCACUCCGCUUCACACUUCAUCGAAGCAGCAUCCCUUGCCACGACGACCGAUGUUGCCCGGUCAGAAGAGCUCACCAUGGGGUCUCUCACUCCUGUCGCUCGUCUUGCUGGCUGUACAAAAUACCUUGCUCGUCCUGCUCAUCUAUACUGUCCGACGGAAGAGCAGGAUAGAAGAGACGCCUGCCUUUGCACCUUCUGCCUCGCUCCUGUUCAGCGAGUCUGUCAAAUUCAUCAUCUGCAUCGUGCUCGCCCUCGUGCAAAGUCGGGGCCUCACGCCAGCCUUUCGAUCCGUGCGACAGCAUCUCGAGCAGUCCAAGCUCCCAAAGCAAAUGGCGAUUCCUGCGGGGAUCUAUCUCAUACAAAACUUGCUGCUCUACGUCGCGAUGGGCAAUCUAGACCCGGUCACAUUCCAAGUGACGUAUCAGCUCAAACUUGCAGCGACUGCGCUCUUCUCCAUCCUCUUGCUCGGUCGCACGUUCACAAAGCAGCAAUAUCUGGCAAUGGCACUGCUCACAUGUGGCAUUCUCGCCGUGCAGCUCGAUCUGCCAAAAGCGAGUCCGCCUGCGCCGGUCGCUGUCACGCGUAGCACGGGCGCAGCAAUCACACAAAUGACACGCAAAGUCAUCAGAAGGCUUCUGACUGCGAGGACCGAGGGGGUCCAUGAGGCAGCGAUCACGCAGCCCCCAAACGCGUGGCUGGGCAUAUUAGCAACGGUUACGUCUGCAUUCACCUCUGGCUUUGCCGGAGUCUACUUUGAGAAGGUCCUCAAGAGGGAGCAGACUAGCAUGCCUGACGAAGAUAGAGGGGAUCAGUAUAGCCAGGUGCCCAUCGAAGACGACAGUAAGGACUCGUCACUCAAUUCGACGCCACUUCACGAAGAAAGCAACGUACCGCAAUCACCGAAAGGUGUCAGCAUCCUCGUCAUGACCAAUCUUAUCUUGUCCUUCUAUACCAUCUUGGCACUGCCUUUUGUCAUCGCCAGCACCAAGGGCAUGUCCGGCCUACGACCAGCACAGCUCACCACCGGGUUCGGUCCUCUUGUCUGGCUUAUUGUCCUAUGGCAAGCCAUGGGCGGCCUACUCAUCGCUGUCGUGAUCAAGUACGCCGAUAAUGUUCUAAAGACCUUUGCAAUCACCGCCAGCAUCAUCGCAUCUGCACUCAUCCAGAUCUUCGCAUUCGGUCUCAGACCAGGUCCAGUCUUCGCAGCGGGCGUACUGCUCUCAAUCGCAUCAAGCUGGUUGUAUAACGUUGCAUUGUAGCCUCAUUGUAUGGUCCACAAAGAUGAUCACAG